AUGAAGUUUGGGAAAACCAUCACAAGUCAUCAAGUCCCAGAAUGGAGUCAUUAUUAUAUGAACUAUAAGGAUCUUAAGAAACAAAUCAAACUCAUCACCAAAUUACAAGAAUCAAUUUUGAAAGUUGUUGAAGAACAAGAUCCAGAAAUUGCAGAUUUACAAUUGAGUGAUUCUUUAAACAAUUCCCAAGUGAAGAGUGCAUUAGCCGGUUUUUUCUUUUCGCUGGAUCGAAACAUUGAAAAAGUUGAUGAUUUUUACAAUAAGCAAUACUCUGAAUAUGAUAGAAGGUUGAAAAAAAUCUCAUCUAUUAUCAAUUCUUUUAAUGGUCAUAUUGAAGAAUUAGAUAAUGAGGAAUUGGAAGAAAUUAUCGGUGUUUUAAUUGAAUUACGUUCCUGUUUUAGAAAUUUGAAAUGGUUUGGUGAAUUGAAUAAGCGUGGGUUUGUUAAAAUUUUAAAGAAAUUGGAUAAGAAGACUGGCACUUCUCAACAAAAUCCUUAUUUAAACGCUAGAAUAUUCCCAUUAAGUUUUGCUAAUGAAUUUGAUAUUGUUAAAGAUUUAUCUUCAAUUAAUGAUUUUUUAAACAAAUUGUCCCCACAUAUCGAAACUUUGAAUGAUACCAAAAAAAAAUCAUCAGAAAGAAGAACUAGUGGUUCAGUUACACCAGAUAAAUAUUUAAGAUUUAUUCAAAGAGAUGAUGAUGAACCAUUAAUUAAUCAAUUGAUUGUGGAAUAUCGCUCAAUUGUUUUGGUCCCUGUGAAAUUAAUGGUUUCCUUAUUAAACAAAGCUGCCUUAUCCCAAUCAACUAAAUGUAUUGCCAAACUAUUAGAAGUUAUCCCAUCAUUAGGUGAUCCAUCAGAUAUUAGUGGUAGAAACUUUUUCCAUCAUCAUAUCAUUGCUUUAGGUAAACAAGUUCAAAAAGCUGAAGAAUCAACAGAGAUUUCUUCAAAAUCUACUGAAAAUGUUUCAGCAUUAUUAGUUGGUGCUUUUGGACCAGAUGGUGUGAAUUCAAAUGAUUCACCAACUUCUUUAUUAUACAUUUUGAAGAAUUUACCACCACAUCUAAGACCAGCAUUGUUACAACGUGAUAAUUACAAAAGAACACCAUUACAUUAUGCUGCGCAGUUUGGUUUAAGAGAAAUCACAACCAUCAUUAUUGAUUUCUUAAAAUCAUGGAACGAGUGGGAUUCCACUGUUGCAAUUGAUGACCUAAGUGUUUGGGGUGAUGCAGAAAGUUUAUCUCCAUUGCAUCUAGCUGUUUUAGGUACACAUCCGAAAACUGUUGAAGUGUUGAUUGCAAAUUCAGAUAGAAAAUUAACUUCUUCAAGAUUGUUUUUACUAGCUGCUAGAUUGAACUCACCUGAGAUUUUAGGGUCAUUAUUAGGAUGUAAAGGUAUUGAAAUUGAUUUUGCUGAUCCAGAUACUCAUGAAACUGCUUUAUACAUUGCAUCUAAAUUGAAUUUUUCCAAGACUGUUGAAUUUUUAUUGAGACAAAAGGCAAAUACUGAAAUUGGUGAAAAUUCAUUCGGCUGGACCCCAAUUUUCAUUGCUGCUGUGGAGGGUCUUUAUCAGAUUGUUAUUUUGUUGAAAGAAUAUGGUGCAGAAUAUUCAUUGGAAGAUGAAAGUGGUUGGACCCCUAUGGAGCAUGCAUGCCUUAGAGGUCAUUUACAAAUAUCUGAUAAUUUAAGACCAAAGAAUUAUGAUCGUUUCCAAUUGAUUGAAAACAGUUUUAAAUCCAACAAUAGCUCAACAGGUUCAGUGGAUAAAGUUAAUAACAGUGGUAUUACAUCACCAAAUUCUUCAAUUGAUAAAUUAUCCAAGAAUCAUAAAGAAGAUAUCUACAAGGCAAUCAAACCAAAACAUUCCAAACAAACCCAACCAAUCAAAUCAUUUGGUCAUAGGUAUUUAACUGAUGAUUCUGUUAUUUUAAUCACAUUAGGAUCAAAUGAUACAAGAGAAGGUUCACAAGCUAUUAAAUUAGAUCGUGUUCCAAUUUCCAAAGUUCAUUCCACAGAAUUAGACACUGCUUUAUCAUUAGUAGUUCGUGCAAAGAGUCAAUUUGAUGAACCACCAACUGUUAUUGACUUACCAAUUGAUGAUACUCAUGAACCAAUCACAAUUAAUUCCAAUAAGGCCAAUCCAAAAGAUGAAAUCAUCUUGUUUGAUAUUGUUCCAACUUAUGGAGGUCAACAUAAACAAGUCUUGGGACGUGCAGUGGCAUUAUUAGAUAAGAUUUAUACGAACGUUGGUGAGAAUCGUUGCUCAUUGAAUAAAGUUGUCACUAUUCCAAUUAUUGAAACUGAAACAUUAGAUGUUUUAGGUACUCUAAAAUUUGAAGUUUUAAUAGUGACACCAUUCCAUCAUCCAAAUAUGAAUUUCAAUAGAGCCGAGACUUAUUGGAAAUCAUUAGUUUCCACAAGGGUUAUCGGACAUAGAGGUCUUGGUAAAAACAUUGAUGCUAAAAAAUCAUUACAAUUGGGUGAAAACACAGUGGAAUCAUUCAUUGCUGCGGCUUCAUUAGGUGCAUCAUAUGUUGAAUUUGAUGUUCAAUUAACAAAAGAUCAUAUCCCUGUUGUUUAUCAUGAUUUCUUGGUUGCGGAAUCUGGGGUUGAUAUUCCAAUGCAUGAAUUAACUUUAGAGCAAUUUUUAAAUUUAAACCAUGUUAAAGAUGAUGAUUCUAAAAGAUCAAAAGAUGAUGAUUAUUUAAUGAGACCAAGAUCCGCUUCACACUAUGUUUAUAAUGAUGGUUCAAAUGAAGGGAAUAGUAAUAGUGAUUUCCAUUUAGAUAAAAUGAGAUUAACCAAGACUUAUAAAAAUUUAAAAUUUAAAGGAAAUUCCAGAGGUUCAUCAAUUGCAUCAUCAUUUGUUACAUUGAAAGAAUUAUUCAAGAAGAUUCCUGAGAAUGUUGGUUUUAAUAUUGAAUGUAAAUAUCCAUUAUUAUAUGAAUCUCAACAUGAAGAAUUAGGAGAAAUUUCCAUUGAUUUAAAUUUUUGGAUUGAUACAGUUUUACAAAUUGUUUAUGAAUAUGGUAAAGGGCGUGAUAUCAUUUUUUCAUCAUUCCAUCCAGAAGCUUGUUUAUUAUUAUCAUUAAAACAACCAGCCAUACCAAUUUUAUUCUUGACAGAAGCUGGUACAAGUAUUAUGCCAGAUGUUAGAGCAGGGUCUUUACAAAGUGCAGUGAGAUUUGCUAAAAAAUGGAAUUUAUUAGGUAUUGUUUCAGCAGCUGAACCUAUUGUAAAAUGUCCAAGAUUAGCACAAGUUGUAAAGGCAAGUGGAUUAGUUUGUUUUACUUAUGGUGUUUUAAAUAAUGAUCCUGAUAAUGCUAGAUUACAAAUGGAAGCUGGUGUUGAUGCAGUUAUUGUUGAUAAUGUUUUAGCAGUUAGAAAAGAAUUGACUAAAACUAAUGAUAUAGUUUCUCAUGAAACAAGCCCUGAACCAUUAGGAAAUAUUGAUGCAAAAGCUGCAAAAGCUGUUAGUGUUCAAGAAUAA